ACAAUGUUUUGGCCACACUCGUAAAAUAGCAAAUUUUAAAUUUAUUUACGGUCGCAAGAUGAGUGGAGCUCUCGGGGAAGUGGUUUCCGAAUAUCUGGAGCGGGGUCUGGUGCUCGUGAUAGCCGACCUGCUGAGCCUGAUUACGGUAUCCUCCUGCCUGGUCAUCAAGGUGCCGCAGAUCAACACGAUACGGGCGAACGAGUCCUCGAAAGGCAUUAGCGUUUUGGGUCUGUGCCUGGAGCUAUUCAGCUACACGGUGAUGCUGUCCUACAACUACACCAGUGGCUAUGACUUCCUCUCGUAUAUGGAGUAUCCUGUUCUCCUGCUGCAGGAGUACGUCCUCAUUUACUACGCCUUCAAGUACCAGGAUCUUUUAGGAAAGAGGACUCAGGUGGUGGCCAUUCUAUACAGCAUAGUGGCCACUCUCAUCUACCUGAAGCUCUUCCCCAUUAUCAUCCUUACGUUCCUGGUGCCUUUCUGCACGCCCAUCGGAGCCACGAGCAAGGUGCUCCAGCUGCUGGCCAUUCUGAGGACCAAAGAUGCCAGUUCCGUCAGCAGAACCACUUGGGCGCUCUCCGCCUUCACAAACAUGACUCGAAUCUACACGGUAUUCUUCCAAUCCCACGACUGGAUGCUGCUGUCCAACUUCCUCAUCUCGACGUUCCUUAGCGCCUCCGUUUUUGGCGCCGCCUGUUUCUACAAGAAGAAGGCCAAGGCGGAGUAGUUGGCCAGCCUUAGAGAUUAGAAGAGCUCAACAUAGACAUACAAAUGCUUAUCAGUCGUUGCUUUAAUUCUAUUUGCUUAUCUGUUUAAAUUGAUAUUAGAAAUUCCCGUUCAAAUCGA